AUGGAUCAAAUGUUACCGAGUCCUGGGUUUAGUAUUCCCAGUAUUGGAACACCUCUUCAUCAACCAGAAGAAGAUCAACAAAUAUUACCAACUGUACUUCAACAACAGCAACAACAACAACAAGCACAACAAUAUCAACUACAACAACAAUCAAUUCAUACACCAAGUACAAAUAUACAAUCUGGAAUGAUGAUGAUUAAUCAACAAAGGCCAAUGCAUUAUGCACCAUCACAACCUUUUGCAACUCCACAAAGUCUUAUGCAGCCUCAAACACCGCAAAAUUUAAUGUCACCUGCUGUACAGCCAUCAAGUCAACUUGCACCUUCAUCAAUUGGACCUUCAACACCUGGACCUAUGACACCAAUGACUCCUGCAUCAGCAGAUCCAGGAAUUCUUCCACAAUUACAAAAUAUUGUAUCAACAGUUAAUUUAAACUGUAGAUUAGAUCUUAAAAAAAUUGCAUUACAUGCAAGAAAUGCUGAAUAUAAUCCAAAACGUUUUGCUGCUGUUAUUAUGAGAAUUCGUGAGCCAAGAACAACAGCAUUAAUAUUUAGUAGUGGAAAAAUGGUUUGUACUGGUGCUAAGAGUGAAGAAGAUUCACGUUUAGCUGCUCGUAAAUAUGCAAGAAUAAUACAAAAACUUGGAUUUGCAGCAAAAUUUUUAGAUUUUAAAAUUCAAAAUAUGGUUGGUAGUUGUGAUGUUAAAUUUCCAAUAAGAUUAGAGGGUCUUGUAUUAACACAUGGACAGUUUUCUUCCUAUGAACCAGAAUUAUUUCCUGGUUUAAUUUAUCGAAUGGUUAAACCCAGAAUUGUAUUGCUUAUUUUUGUUUCUGGAAAAGUUGUACUUACAGGUGCGAAAGUACGUCAAGAUAUUUAUGAAGCAUUUGACAAUAUUUAUCCAAUUCUCAAGAGUUUUAAAAAGACAUGAUUUCAAUUUGAUAAAUACAACAAUAACAUGUAUUUAAUUUUGAAGAUAAUCAUGUGGUAUGAAAACAUCAGUACCUGCAUUAAAUCUCUGAAAUAUUUAAAAGUAAAAUAUAUAUAUUACAUAGAAGAAGAUAUGGAUUUAAAAAACAAUUUAAGUUUAUUUAUUUGAUAAAUUAUUAACCAGUUUUAAAUAUAUCCCUUUGAUACAAAAAAAAAAAAAAAUACAAUCAUAGAAAAUAAACUAUUUUAAAUUUAUAUUCAAAAAUAAGAAAAAAAAUAAUUCUCAGGGGAAAAUUUGAUAUGGAAAAUGUUUGAAUGUAAAAAAAUCAGUCUUCUUCGAACAAUUAGUUUUUUUUUUUUAAUCUUAUUUUUUCGAUAAUCAUGUUGUUGUUAAUAUUUUUAAUAUAAUGAUAAUUUAUAAACUAAAUAAAUUAGGUAAAUUAAAUUAACUAUUAAAUAUUGUAAAAAAAAAAAAUAUUUUUUAAAUUAAAUAAUCAUUUUGAUAUAAGUAGAUUUCGAAUGUUAAAUUAAACAAAAACAAAAUUAUUACAUUUUUUUUUUAAGUAUUAAAAGGGAAAGUAUUUCUAGAUUGAUUUAAAAAA